GCUCCAUAGAGGAGAGGGUGUGCCGGAAUGUUGUUUUAAUUAAAACAGAUCCACCUUUUUAAUUUAAUGCUUGAUAUUGGGGAUUAAAGCCUGUUGAAAUGUUUUCGUCCAACACAUCAGCUCCAAAAACAGCUGAUGGUAGCCAGCCAUCAUGUUCGGGAGGUAACUCUGGCCAUUCUUUUGGGGGAGGACCUCAUUUUGAGACGGAAUUCUCAUUACAAAACCAGUCAAAAAAUCUCCACAAUCAAAAGGAUAGACAGCCAUUCGUCAGUGACCACCCAACCUUUGAAGAUCUGAAUCCACCUUCCUACUCAUUCAGUGAUCAGAGAUAUCGAGGUAAUGAUGAAAGGACAGUAGAAGAUGAAGAACAGAAUUCUAAAGGAGAUCUAGUUAUAGAAGAAUCAAAUGAUGAGGAAUUGAGCCAUGGACAAUGCAAAUCAGAAACAAAAGAAUCACGUUCUGAUGAACUUGCAUUUGGAUAUAAAUUAGGAAAUAUUGUUUUAACUGAUAAUCUGAUAAAUAAUACGAAUUCUCCAAAGAGUACUAGAACUCCGUUGCGUUCCCCUAUGUUAACAACUGCCAGUGGAUCAGAUCAACACUCAAAGGACCGUGCAUUUAGUGGUGAUCCUAAGGUGGCAUCCAGUGGCUUCAAAAUUCCAAUCCCACAACCCCCACACGCAAACCAUGUGCAGGAUGUAGGAAAAAUCCUAGAUGAUGGAACCCAGUCAUCGAAUAGAGGAAAUAAAUCUGCAGCUUCUUUUGGAGGAGAUCCUCAGUUUUGUACGGUAUCCCAAUUUCAGAAACAGUCCAAACAUCCACACGAUAAUCGGGCAUUCGCAAGAUACGAAAAUUGUGACCGCUCAACCUUUGAAGAUCUGAAUCAAACUCCCAACUCAUUCAGUGAUCAGAAAUAUCGAGAACCGCCUAAAGAGUAGAAAUAAGACACAGGAGCAAUUACAGGCUAACAAGUUCACAACUGAAGAUGCCUAUUUCAGCAUUCUUCAGAACAACGACAAGUCCUUGACUUUGACUGAAAGAGAUUUUCAAACUGCUGUUGGAUUCCACUUGCAUAUUUUAGAAACAAUUAACAUAUUUACCGUGUUUAAUGUGAUAUUUCUUUUUUUCUGUAGGUCUUUUACACAAAAAACCCAUAUUUUCUCUUAUACCUUCCACUUUUUCUUAUACAUGUAUUUAGGUAUUUUGGGUAUUUGAGGUAUCAUGUUUGUUUUGAUUUAUAUUAUUCAUCAGUUUUUGUACUCUUUCAUCAAUAAACAAUCGCUAUAAAUGUAAUUCUCAAAGGUAAGGCUAAUGGGCUUGUAGUUUCUAGUUUAUCUAGUGAACCCUGUUCAUAGAGAAGGGAUAAAAUAGAGCAUUUCUGCGUUACGGAAAUCUCAUCUUACUAGAAAAAAUAAAGCAAAAUAGAUAUAAAUGUGUUUCCAAAACAUUUCAUAAUUUUCUAUUGGUAUACCUCAUUGCCCGGAGAUUUAUUUUCUUUGAUUUGUUCUGUUUUACGGACUGUCUCAGCACAUUCUUCUGCCUUUAGAAAUUGUUCUUUUGUACUUGCACUUAACAAGAGCAAUAAACACC